CGGCGGUGAUGUCGAAAGGACCAAUCAAAACACGAUCCAUUACUAAAACAUUGUCACCUUUUUGGCUACCAGAAACACCGACAACAGCAUAAAACACAGGAAAUAACUGCGAGGGGAAAAUCACCUUCAAUAAUGUAAGACUCAGUGCGGCAAAAGUAAGAUUUGCUCAUUCAAAGUUUAGUUAUGUCUAAACACAGCGGCGAGAAAGAAAAGAGGGAACACGUGUUGUUUAAACAAAUUCCAAGGUCACGAGCUUAUGAGUUGUGUUUGGCCUGUCAACACUUAACUUAAAAAAGUUAGUAAAUCAAGCUUUUUCCUAACUUAUUUGGAAGCAAUCCAAGAACAUCUUUCCUCUUAAGCAAUAAAUUUAAACAUUUCUUUUGUUUUUCUUUUAUUUCUGGAACAUUUGGAAAUAAACGAAAGGCUUCUCGAACAGCAUCGCCAAAAUAACAUGAAUGCGUGACGGAUAUUUUUGCUACAGAAAAAACAUGCCAGAACAACGCGUUAUCAAUCAACCAGUUGGAACGCAACGUUUAUGUAGUGAACGUGGGAAGAGCCAGAGCAAUGGACUGGUAACAGGCGCUUUAUUUUUCUCCUCCCCUUGUCUCGCGCUUCGCGCAAAAUGCUGCGUUCGCCUCGCAUGGCUCACAAAGCGCCUGUUAUGUAGGCUAUCCCACGCAUUAAACUACUUGAGCCCAUCUUAAGUAACCUUAUUGGGGACUAGUUGAGAUUAAGGUAAUGGAAUUCUUCCUUGCUGCAUCAUAGGCAAUUUAAACAUCCUUGUAGUAUACCGAAAACACGCCUUCAGAUUUGUAAAAUGUGUUGGAAAUGCGCUUUGAUUGUGGGGUUAACGUUAACAACAAAAACCAAGCCCGAUUUUAAUCCUUAAAGAAGGCCUACAUAUGACAAUUUUGUAACAUCUUAAAAAUUAACUCGUGCUACUGUGACCCCAGCAAAUGUCUCAUGGCUACAUCCUUUUUCAACGUACGUUUCCCAUUUUUUGCCUCGCUGGACAGGGAUGGGGAGGGGGGUGUAGGGAAUGUUGCAAUGUGCCUUUUACCUUUUCGUAUUCAUUUAUAAAGUCAAUUCAUAUUGCAGUGUUACUCCUUAAAUAUUAAUCAGGCUGGCGAUAUUCUAUUUCAUAUACUUUUUUCAUAGAGACUCCGUCUAAAGAAUCUGCCACUGAUCCACCUGAAGUCAUUGCUCUUCAGAUAAGGAAAGAAGAUCUUCCUCCAACGUCAAAAGAUUUUGAUGAUUGCCAAAUCCAAGUCGAUAUUUUGUUACUGACGGUGAUGAAGGCGGAUGCCUCCGAGGAUUGUGAAUUUCUAAGCUGCCUUGCCCAUCUGAAUCCUGGUUUCUGUAGGAUUUACCACCCAAACCUUGGCUGCGCGUACGUCGGAGAUAUAGGAGAAAAUGAUUUGAAACUAAACGUUGCUGUUGUGAAGUGCUACGAGGGUUCGAGCUCUACGGGAGGUUCUAUAUUUGUUGUGAUAGACGCUGUUCAAGUCUUGAAGCCGAAAGCAGUGUUUUGUGUGGGUUCUUGCAGUGGCCUAAAUGUCACCAGAGUUAAUCUUGGAGACGUAGUAGUUUCGGAGAAGUUAGUAUCAUAUGCUUUUUCUAAAGCUACGGAAAAUGGCAUGGAGGAACUUGGAGUCAAAGUUCCAUUAAAGCGUCAUCUUUCAAAAUUGAUUCUAAAUGCUGAUAAUGGCUGGAAGCCACCUUUGAAAGAUCCAAGAGCACUCGAGGUAAAGAUACAUCGCGGCACGUUUCUGAGUGGACCGGAAGUUAUAAGUAACCACCAGCAGUGUAACGCACUCAUCGAACGAUUUCCAGAAGCAGUUGCUAUAGAGCGAGAAGGUGAAGGUAAGUUGCUUGGCCUGCAGUUCAUGUGUUGAAGUAAGAAAUGGUUGUCUAUUGUAAGAGAACAUUCUUUUAGAACCGACCUCUGUGAAUCAGAUUCAAAUAGGGUUCCACAAGAAUCUAAACUGUCGUUUUCAUUACACACAUAUCGCCAUUUUGAAACCGGCGUUCGUUUGAAUUUGCAGUUUUUGAGCGCCUGUUGGCUUUAAGAAAGGGUUUUUUUUAUUCCUUUUCUUGUCAGCUGGCUAUCUUGCCUCUAUAUCUAAGGUUAUUAUAUACUACACAAAAAAGGUCUGUGGGUCUCGGUAUACGGUAUUUUAUUGUAUGAACUCAUUGCCCUCCUCAUAUUGAUGCUUUAAAAUCAAGUUCAAAGUGACAAUUGUCAAUUCUUAUUGACAGUGUCUCUCUUCUUGAAUUGGCUCUUUCCACCGGUGUCUGCAUCAGUGUUAAGACGGAAUCCACCAGGAAAUUGAAUAAUUUUAAUUUUCAGUGGACAAAAACCAUGUAUCAGAAUAAUUUAAGGAAUAUUGCAUUAUUUUUCACAUUUUUCAAGGGUUAAAGAUGUAAUUAGUCAUCUGUAGUAACACCAAAGAAAAUUUCUUAAGGAAGUGAGAGAAAAUAUACGUCAAAUUUCACAAGGAUUGUGAAAACAAAGGUGAAAUUCUGAAAAUUUCAUGUGUAAGAUGUCAUUUUGUGAAAUUUGACAUCUAUUUCCUCGGGCUCCGAAAAGAAAUUUGUUACCACAGAUGACUAAUUAUAUCUUUAGCCCUUGAAAAAUCUAAAAAAGAAUGCGAUAUGCUUUAAAUUAUUCUGGUACAAUGUUUUUGUCCACUGAAAAUUUAAAUUACUCAAUUUCCUGACGGAUUCUGCCUUAACUGCUAAUUUCACUUCUCUCGAUUUCCCACAAAUUUCCUUUUUAGGGGUGUAUGCAGCAGCGCAUAACCUGGACAUUGAGUGGGUAGUUAUUAAAGGAAUUUCAGGCUACGCUGAUGGCAGAAAUGUUAAGGAUUCUUGGAGAACAUUCGCAAGUUUUAUGGCAGCUUCUCUAACGGCUCACAUUCUUAGCGACACUAUUGCUUUUCAAGCCUUGCCACACUGUGGGAGUGCAAGUGAGUACUGGACAUUCAGGAAACUUUCAUGUUGUAUUUUCCAAUGCCAUCUCCUAUUCUUUUCCUUCGGCUCAGUUGUGGUUUUGAUCUUCUCAUAAUCCAAUUAAUAAAUCUUUUGAAAAGUUUGCUUCCAACCAAUCUAAAUUUUGCAUUGCAGUUCAAAGAGUAGUUUUGGGUAAACUGGAUGACAAAUGGCUCUGAAUCAAUUUAGCUAGCUAAUCCUCUGAAAGGGUAAAGUGAUGUAGCAGCGUUUUUUGAUCUUGUUGCAGUGUUACCUUACAACUUCCACGUUUAUAUGACCGCGUUGUUGUUACGACCACAUUCGAGUCCUUAAGAUCGAGGCUUGGCCAACUUUCCGCAAACGACAAACUACGGUUUGCCACGUUAACAUUUUCAUUUUUGUGUGUUAUCUAAACUUAUCACAAUAAACAUGUUGUACUCCCUAAAAAAUUGUCAUAAUAUACCCGUACCUCGCCAUAAAGGCCACCAGGUGGCCGUUGUGGAGAGUUUCGACUGUGCUUAUUACGGAAAACGCACUCAGAUUAGAAUGGGACGAGUUGGAUUCGGGUAUAGAUGGUUUUCACAGUAACGUCAUCAAAUUGUAAAGUCAAAAUAGCGAGGUUUUACGAAUUCUCAUUUACACUAGGUUGAAGAUAAACAAAAAGUAAAUCUUUGUACAAGUUUCCAUUCCCGUAGCAUGUUUUAGUUCGAAAAUACAACAAUUUGAACUUCCGAGUUUUUACAGUGCAUGACACCAAAACAGGAGUGCUGUCUCGUUGAAAAAAAGUCUCUCCCUCUUGAUUUUCAGUAGUAUAACCAUUUCAAGUAUUAGAAAGUAUUAUGUGCACGUAUGCUGGUUCUCGUGUGAAAAUAAAGAGCUUUUAUAGAAAAAGUAAACUCAAGAUAUUUUUGUUGAUUUCCGGCGGCGAUAUUGGUGCACUAAAACGGUGCACCAAUAUGGCGUCUCCGUACAAAGCUCUGCAAAGGUGCGUGAAACGUUUCGGUAAAUAACCUCAGACACUUGACACUAUGGGCGACAAAGACCUGAGACUUACAACAUUUCAUUUUCUUGGCUUCUUCCACUGGACGGUUUCCAAUUUAUUUUUUUGUUGCGUGACAGUGAAAACAAUCUACAGUUCAAGUUACUUAUUUUUGCUGUGUUUUGGUACUUUGUAACCCAUGCAUAAGCAGUGCGUUUAGUUAUUGACUGGAUAUUCCCCCUGAACAGCCCGUCGGAACCAUGGUGUUGGUACCACGUGUAGCUUGUGAGGAUGCACGAGUUUCGAAACAUACAACUUAUACACAAGGAAGCCGGCCCUUACAGUACAGUACAAUUCGUCCAAAGACGGCUCUUGUAGCUUAAAUUGAUAGAUGUUUGCGAAUAAACCCUAGAGUCAGUUUAUAGUUGUUUUCUCUUUAGGCAGAUUUUUGAGUUGCCUUGCAAAAUUUACGCGACAAAUUUGGGUUUUAUCGAUGUAGAGUACCCAAAGGUCCUGAAGAAGCCUUGAAAACCGCAACUGUGCAGAAUGAGGAGUCAUGUGAAACUAAAAUGUUUAUCGAAGAAAUUUGUCAUUGUUUGUCCUCAAUAGGUAGAAGAAAAAUCAAGCAGCACAAAUCGGGCAGGAAGAGCUGGAACCAAGUAAGAAAGAUAGAGAGUGAUGCCCACUUAGCUCAAGGUGAGGAUUAAGAGCAGUGAAUGUUUUUUUUAUUAUUAUUUUUCAGAAUAUACAAGCAUAAGUUUCGAAUUUUUUUUCCAAAACGUUUGUGAAUUUCAGGUGCUCCAUUUCUCCAUAUUGCCAAUGUGGUGCUAGCCUGCGAGAAGGCUCACUUGCGCGUAUUCGGGGGAAAUUUUGGCCGCCAUCCAGUGAGGAAUGUGGUACAUUUUGGAAAAACCCAGGUCAUGAAAAAAGGCUGUAAGAAGCUGCUGUAACGGGUUGUAGAUAGAUAUGCGACUGACAGGUCAAUGUCAGAUUACCGUUUCUAUGAAGUUUAUUAUCCCUCCUGGUUGGGUUUUAAUUUGUCGUAGCUUUUGGAUGACAGAGUUAAUAAAAGAGAGGCAUGACAUUAGUAUUUUAAUAUCUUGUUUUAAAAUUGAAUGGAGAUUGAUUUAGAAAGAUAUUCAAAGUGAAUGUCGUGGCUAAUUUUCAUUUACAGGUGGGGUCAUUCAUUGUGCCCUUCGACAAAUAGCCGAGAUGGAGGAAGGAAAUAUACAUGGCGACAAUAGGGAGCCUUCGCUGGAUUUGAAAAACGUUACUUCCGAAAGAGGCUUUGAAAUUUCUGACAAUCAGGGAGGAGGAAAUUGCAUGUUUUUUGCAAUCUCAGAACAGCUGGAGCUCAUGGAAGGAGUGAAACUCUCUCAUAAAAAACUAAGGAAGAAAGUUGUCCGUUACUUGAAGGAGAAUCCUACACUGGUUAGUGGUUUCCUAGCACCGGAUAGUUUCUUAUCUGCUAUCAGGCGUUUUUUUUAUUGUGAUUAAUAUUAUCAUUUUUUGAGAAGAUUGAGAAGAGAGGGAAAAAAAGAGCUGAUACGCUUUUUUUUCACCAGUCGCCAACGGCCCCCUAUCCGCCCCUCGCUCUAAAUACGCCAGCAUCUGGUCGACCUUUUAUCAGGGCGAGAAAAACGUCUGCUACUAAAUGUUUUUGUACUCGGGGAAGUAAAAUCAGCGGAACGACUUAUAAUAUAUGGCUUGACGGCAUGAUCGCAGGCUAAAUGCUUUGCUGUUGAUUCUAUCAGCUAGUUAAGUUUACUCGGCUAAGAUUUAAUGUUAACCAUACAGCGUGCUUUUAACUGCUUGUAAAAGCAUGUUAUCAAAUUCAAAAUGGUGCUAUGUAUUAACAAUCCUUAUUGAGCUUUCCAAAGAUAAUGAAGCAAAUAACUGAAAUGGAACAUAAAAAGGUUCAGAAUCCCAACUGGUAGGAGGCAAACCAGUUGACUAUUUUACAAGCGUGGCCGAGGAUUUCUAUUCGGGACUAACGAGAACAAAUUCAACUGGCGGUCAGGGCAGGACUUGAACCCAGGGCAUCCAGAUUACAAGUCACCAGUGCUCUAACCGCUCGGUCACGCUGUUUUCUGUUAUCAGCGAGAUUCAGUGAGUUUUAAUGACUUGCUUUUGAUAGUAAUGUUCCCUUACAUAUCAAGUGUUGUUCAUUGGGGCGGAAUCUUCAUACGGCGCCUAGCUCUGUUUGCUGACACAAUUAUGACAAAUUAAGAAAUGGUAAACGUGCAGCGUGCAACCAUGGAGUUAUGGAUGCGCGCGGGAGGUUGCUAAGCACGAAAGAAGAGUAAGAGUGGCCGAGUGCGAUUCUAGCUUCUUGAGUGCUUAGCAAACCUCCCAAGUGCAUCCAUAACUCCAUGGUUGCACAGCUGCAACGUUUACCAUUUCUUUUAUAACAUAAUCAAAAGAGAAAAACAUUAUUUUCCAUUUGCCUUCGGUUGAGUCAUCGGUACGAGUUCAUGUAUGCUGACAUCUGCCCGCGCGUAAACAAAUCAUGUUCUACGUUUUUCAAAAACGUGCCUUUGAGUUUUUCUUUCGCUGAAUCAACCGUUCUCCGUCUUCAGGUAAAUUGCAAAACGUUUUUCGUUGUUAUUCUGAAUGGCAUCUGUCUACUUUCUAUUAAUAUUAGGGUAAAAACUUUGAGGGAAAACUAUAGCUGCAACUAUAAACACCAACUAAAUAGACUGAAAAAUAAGCUUAAACUAAAUAAAUGAAAUAACUAUCAAGCUUAUUUAUGUGACAAUUUUUGAAAUAAACGUAAAGUAGAAAUGAGAAAAUUUGACUGUAAUUCCUUAAGAAUAACAGUUAACACUAAUUUUAAAAAGAAAUUAACUAGCUUUGCAUCGAAAUCUGUCUGGGGAAAUCCAGCUAUGAAAGUCAAAGUUGCAACUGAAAUUCGCCGACAUACAACCGGCGCUGAAGCUGUUGUUUUUCGACCGUUCUCUGAACGACUGUUAUGAAUGAACACUGAGGAACAAAAUAAUACACACAGAAGUUAUGUUUUGAAAAAUUUAUUUGAAAACCCAAAUGUUUCUGUACUUAAAUGAAAUUCGCUUAUUCCAGCGUAAUGUGCCCGUUUAAACUCAACUAAAAUUUUUAAUCGAUGCGAUGAAAACUUCACAACAAAGCUGUCUCGAAUUUGAGCGUGUUUCCUAAAAUAUUUGCUUGAAUUUAGCAUCAGCUUGACCAAAAAGUCAAUAACACAAUGCUAAUUGAUAAAUUUACAUUUCAAACAGACUUUCUCUUCUAUAAAAAACACACAAAAUGUACCUUAAAUCUUCGCUCGCUCGAUUUUCCUUCAGCCGAUUCUAGCCGCAAGGAAAACAGUGAUUAAUUCAUCCAGGGCAAAUUUGUCCCGCAAUCUUUUGUCUUUUUUCCUUGAAAACGACAGCUUAGUAUUUUCUUCAACUUCCACUUUUUAUCUGUGCAUUUCAUCGGUGUAUUUUACCGUCAGGAGAGGAGAUUUGUUGAAUUUUGCCUAAAUUUUACCGCGCUAGCUCAGUUUCUUGGCGUGCACUCACGGACAAAUGGUAGUGGCUAACUGACCAAUCAGAGCGCGCGAUUUACUUUUGUUAUGUUAUAAUCCUUUAUGGAUUUGACCUUUUCACGGUUAAUGACGAUUUCAUACAAACCCUUCUAAUCAACAUUAUGCAAAUUACCAUGAAAUUAGAAGCCACAUGGAAGAUUUAUAAUUCGAAUUUACGGACGUCGUAUAGCUUCUUUAAUCGCAUUAGUUUAAAACUAAUGACAGUAGUGGCAAAUGUUGGAAAUCCGCCUGUUUGUAGCGGCAGUAUAGCGGUUCCAAGUGGGCCAAAAUCCCGUAUAUUGACUGUAAUUUUAGCCGUGUUUGCCGCCCAGCCAAGAUGGCGUCAUAAACCGUGAAAAGGUCUAGUUUAUAUAAUUAGAGUGAGCUCAUAGAACUAAAUGGAAAAACGUAGAUAAACUAAGAACAUUAUAGAACAUUAUCCCAGCAAAGAUGAAAGCAGAACAACCAUCAUAAAAGAAGCAAAAAGAACUAGAAGGAACGGAGGGAAAAUGUUUCUCCUUUUUCACUUCUUACAGCGAGCAAGGAGGUGUCGUUCCUUUCCCUUUCAAGAAAUGUGGAGAUAAAAAUGAGAGAAGCAUAUACUGAUAAUGGGUGCGUCAGCACUCUCUUGAAUCAAUAAAACAUUUGAAAUAGUAUUUUUCUUGUUAUAGCCGGAUGGGACCGAACUAUUCCACUUUGUUGGAGGAUAUUCAUCUUGGGAUGACUACCUCAAAAAUAAGAAGGCCGAUGGUUCAUGGGGUGAUCACGUGAUUCUCCAUGGUGCGGCAAACUGCUUUGAAACAUGUAUUCACGUGAUCAGCAGUCAGCCAGAUUAUCGUGAUGUAAUAAUUAACCCACAAUGUGAGGAUGCUGACAGUAAGCGGCUUGUACUGGGACAUUUGUCUGAGCUUCACUAUGUUAGCCUUAUUCCACGUAAAGGUAAUUGACUACUUGCAUUGUCACGGUUUUUGGCCUCAUUCCUGUUAUCUAUACCUCGUUGAAUUUCCGGACGCGAGACGUCGGCCUUCAUUAGUAGUAGGUGUAUUUGCUGUAGUUGCUGUACUUAUUGUAGUUUGCUGUAGUUGCUGUAGUAUGUGUAGUUGCUGUAGUUCUAUUUUAGCCACAUAGGCUGGCUUUUAAUGACAGCACCGGAGGAGGAGGAGAGAGGUACAAUGCCAUAAAUGAUGUUUCUUAUGCCUCCUAUGCGAUAAUCAGAUUUGAUUGCUUUUUUUUUGGAUGCCAGAGUAUUAAAAGAGAGAGGCAUAAAAACCUAUUUAUCUUGUAUUGAACCUGUACGCCUCUUGCCUUUUUUAGAUUCAAAGUGAACAUUGUUGCUCUUUUUUCAUUCACAGGUGGGGUCAUUCACGAUGCCCUUCGACAAAUAUGCAAGAUGGAAGCAAAAGGAAACGCUGGCAAAACUGAUCCUUCGCUGAAUUUGAAAAAAAUUGCUUAUGAAAAAGGCUUUGAAAUAUCCGACAAUCGGGGAGAAGGAAAUUGCAUGUUUUUUGCAAUCUCAGAACAGCUGGAGCUCAUACAAGGAGUGAAACUCUCUCAUAAAAAACUAAGGAAGAAAGUUGUUCGUUACCUAAAGGAGAAUCCUACAUUGGUUAGUAGUGUCCUAGCGCAGGAUAAUUUCUAACCCUAUGACCAGGUGUUUUUAUAAUACUAAUAAUAGUAGUAAUAAUAAUAAUAAUUAUUAUAAUAAUAAUAAUAAUAACUAUAACUAUUAUUAUCAUUAUUAUUAUUAUUUUUAUUAUUAUUAUUGUUAUUAUUAUUAUUAUUAACAGCACUUCACGUAGAUUCUAUUACCACACAGAGCAUGUUCAUGGUGGCAGGCGAGAAUUCCACGGAGGAGUUAAAAAGACAACAUCAAGCCUGAAACCGCGUCGGUGAAAUUGAGAAUGGAAAGUAUUGAUUUCACUCUACCCUCGGAUCUGCUGCGGUGAGUUAACCAAUUGAGAGACAAGGGUGCGAGCUCAUGGCUUACCGCAGUGCCCGUUGAAUAAACAAGAAUUCAGAGACUCUCUGCGUUUAAGGUAUAAUAUGCCCCUGUCCGACUUACUUAGUGUGUUUGUGGUGAGAAGUAUACCGUCUGCCAUGCCCUGUCAUGCAAAAAGGGAGGGUUCGUGGCGCAGAGACACGAUGGUGUUCGCAACCUAUUUACCUCACUUAUUGGUAAGGUUUGCACCAACGUUGAAGUCGAACCACAACUACAACCUCUCGAUAAUGAGCGAUUCAACCUCAGAAGCGAGGUAACAAGCCCGGAGGCAAGACUGGACUUCAAGGCAGGGGGCUCUUGGUCUCGUGGAGUUACAGCAUUUUUCGAUGUCAGAGUAACGCAUGUUAGCUUCAAGUGUAACCAGGGAAAAGCGACAUCCACAAUCUUUAAGGAACAGGAGGAGGAGAAAAAGCGGAAACACCAACAGAGGGUGUUGGACGUUGAAAUGGGAUCUUUCACUCCCCUAGUUUUUGGAACCAACGGUGGGAUGGGAGCCGACUGCAACUUUUUUCUCAAACCCCUAGCCGAGAAGCUCUUAGAAAAGAAUUAG